CAAAAAUAGAAUAAAUUCUGCUGACGUUCUACAAACUUUACCCAUGGAUUUCUUCGGUUUAACCGGCAUGGGUGCGUCCAGCCCCAUCAGAGACACCAUGAGACCGGACUACCAAGAACCAAGCGUGAAACCCGAUCUGGCGGAAACCCUGAAAAAAGCCAACGAAGAAGGAAAACCUCUAUCCGAAGUAGUGAGAGAGGCUGACGUUUACAUUGGUUUCGUUGACGGGUUUUCCUACGGCUCUUAUGAUAGACUCACGCAGAUGCGUAGUAAAGCCAUAUUGAAGCCAGUGGGCCCGCAGGAAAUGCACGCGAUUCCUGCAACAGAGUCGAUGAAGUUCGGGUGGUGGUACAACGAUUGCAAGUUGCCCAAAUAUGAGAGCGAACCGAAUUGGUACAAAAGAGAGACUCAAUUCGCACUCAACAGUUCGGAUAUGACCAAAUUUGCUUCAAUAAAACGUCUUUAACGAGUUUCUGUUUUGUGAUUGUGUGAAAAUUUC